CAUGACUCCACUUCAGAAGCACGUAUCGUUCUUUGAUAGGAACAAAGAUGGGGUCAUCUAUCCAAAAGAGACCUACGAAGGAUUUCGUGCAAUUGGGUUCGGCGUUGCCUUGUCUUCCGUAUCCUCCGUCCUAAUUCAUGGCUUCCUCAGUCCCAAAACCAAUAAUGGAACAAUUCCAGCAAUCCUUCUCCCUAUUCUUGUAGCUAAUAUUCAGAAAGGCAAACACGGAAGCGACACUGGUGCCUACGACACUGAGGGAAGGCUGUUUGUGGCUCUACAUUAUGUCCUUCUAAAUGACCUCGAAGAGCCUGUCUCCUAUAUGCAGUCGGAUCCUGAUGGGCUCACCAGAUUAUGUAUCGUGAAGCAUGCACACACUAAUCCUAAUGCAUUGACAUCUGACGAGUUGAAAGAGAUGCUUAAGGCGAAUCAACAACCUAAUAACACCCAAGGAUGGGUUGCUAGUCGGACAGAGUGGGAAAUUUUAUUCUCUCUCGCUAAGGAUAAAGAUGGAAUGCUUCAAAAGGACACUGUAAGACUUGUCUAUGAUGGAAGCCUGUUUUAUAAAUUGGAGGCAGAGCGAAAGGCUCUCAAUGAAAGCGUAAAUGUGAGAGUUGAAGAGCGAAUUUUAUUCAAGUCAGUGAACUUCUUGCGUGAGAUGCUGUUCUAG